AACGGUUUCUUUCUUUCAUGCGACCGAAGAAGGCCCGUUUAACGGGAGAUUUCGACGAUGAGUAGCUUCAUGAAUAUGGCGUGUAUUGGAGACUUUGACCCGUUCACCGCUGCCAUUCCCGCCACCAGAGUUGAGCUCACGGUGUCAUGUAGAAAUCUCCUGGACAGAGACACAUUCUCCAAAUCAGACCCAAUUUGUGUGCUGUAUACACAAGGAAUCGCCAACAGGGAAUGGAGAGAGUUUAGUCGGACAGAGAUGAUAAACAACACCCUGAAUCCAGACUUUGUCCGGAAAUUCACCCUGGACUAUUUCUUUGAAGAGAGACAGAAUCUACGAUUUGACCUGUACGACCUCGACUCGAAGAGCGACAACCUGUCUAAACAUGACUUCCUGGGCCAGGCAUUCUGUACCCUGGGGGAGGUGGUGGGCUCCAUGGGAAGCUGCGUGGAAAAACCUCUCAUUGGGAUUCCAGGGAAGAAGUGUGGUACCAUCAAAGUGAGAGCAGAGGAGCUGAGCAAUUGCAGAGAGUCAGUGAUGCUGCAAUUCUGUGGGAACAAGUUGGACAAGAAAGACUUCUUUGGGAAAUCGGAUCCUUUUCUGGUCUUCUACCGCAGUAACGAAGACGGAUCAUUCACUAUUUGCCAUAAGACAGAGGUGGUGAAGAACACUCUGGACCCAGUGUGGCAGGCCUUCAAGAUCCCUGUCAAAGCCCUGUGCAACGGAGACUAUGACAGGAGCAUAAAAGUGGAGGUGUAUGAUUGGGACCGAGAUGGAGGCCAUGAUUUCAUUGGGGAAUUCAAUACCAGCUACAGAGAGAUGUCAAGAGGCCAGUCACAGUUUCACAGCUACGAGGUGGUCAAUCCAAAGAAGAAAGGCAAGAAGAAGAAGAAAUACCUCAACUCGGGAACAGUAACCCUUCUGUCCUGCCUGGUGGACAUGGAACUCACCUUCCUGGAUUACAUUAAAGGAGGGACUCAGAUUAGCUUCACAGUGGCAAUUGAUUUCACAGCAUCAAAUGGCAACCCCUCCCAGCCCACCUCUCUACACUACAUGAGUCCGUACCAGCUGAAUGCCUACGCCAUGGCUCUGAGAGCUGUAGGGGAGAUUAUCCAGGACUACGACAGUGACAAGAUGUUCCCUGCACUGGGCUUCGGAGCUAAACUGCCCCCGGACGGACGGGUCUCGCACGAGUUCGCUCUGAAUGGGAACCCCCAGAAUCCGUACUGCAGUGGGAUAGAGGGGGUGAUGGAGGCUUACUACCAAAGCCUCAAGUCUGUUCGACUCUAUGGACCCACACAUUUCUCCCCUGUCAUUAACCACGUGGCCAGGUAUGCACAAUCAGUCAAAGAUGGCUCCCAAUACUUCAUCCUCCUCAUCAUCUCGGACGGCGUCAUCACCGACAUGGCCCAGACCAAGGAGUCCAUCGUAAACGCAGCUACUUUGCCCAUGUCAAUUAUAAUUGUCGGAGUUGGACCAGCAGAAUUUAAUGAAAUGAUUGAGCUUGAUGGAGAUGAAGAGAGGAUCUCAUCCCAAGGGAGGUUCGCCGAGAGAGACAUUGUUCAGUUUGUUCCGUUCCGUGACUACAUCGACCGCAGGGGGAACCACAUUCUGAGUAUGGCCCGUCUGGCCAAGGAGGUCCUGGCUGAGAUCCCUGACCAGUUCCUCUCCUACAUGAGAACCAGGUGCAUCAAACCAGGCCUCUGCCCCCCUGCCGACAACCCCGUCCCCGCCGUGCACCCCCUCCUCACCCGACGGGUCAGCCGAAUCUGAAGGCUAAGCCUCUUCCGGGGCCUCUUCCUUUCUUGCUUCUUCUUCCUCACUGGAGUUUGACGAUGGCGGUCCGAAGAAGCCAACCGCCAUUUCCACUCUCUUGUUGCACUUUUGUGAAUUCUGACUUCCUCUCUGCAGAAAGGACAGCAAGGCAUUUCGCUUCUAUUUAGUGUCCCUCAGGAAGGACUUCCCAUGAGAUGUCAGAGGCCACAGUUUACUGGUCUGACCCAGGAAGUGGGUGAGUGCCUAGAACUGACCAACCAGGAGCAGCAUCCAAUCUGUGAAGAACCGUUCAGAAAUACAUUUCUAUAUCUUAUUUCUAUGCCCUACUCUUCCUCUCAACCCCACUUUUGUCUCACCAACGGUCUCUUUCUAAAUGUUUACAAAUUUAAGGAUGAAGAGGAGGAUUUGUACUUGUGGAUAUACAGUUUAAGUCGGACGUUUACAUACACUUAGGUUGGAGUCAUUAAAACUAGUUUUUG